UUAUUUCACAGGGACACAUGAACAAACUAUGCUCUGCCACUCUCUGGUGUGCCUGAGCCCUCUAACAGUGUCAGUGCUACUAUAAGGACCAGCAGCAGGGUCGUCUUUAUGUUUCUAUAUGCACACUAUAGCCUCCUGCUGGAGAAGUGAAUGGUCAUCUUUUUGGAACAUUAUACAAAAUGUUAGUACAAGUAAUUUAUCCAUUCUUCCCUAGAGCCAUGCAGAGUUUGAGAUUCAUGGCCUCAGUAGAUGGACUCAAGGAUUUUGGGUCAAGGGUAGCAGAGAGGAAGAUAAACAUACUGGAGUAGAUAGAAAUAGAGCAGGAAAUAAGAAGAGUGGGAGAGUAGAAGUAUGCAAAAGCUCGCCUUUAACUCUUGAGCCCUUUGUGUCAACAAUGUGGCGGAAAUCUUGCAAUGGAUGACACUUAACAGCUCACCCUUCAAAUGUCUCCUUCAUCGAAGCAAUCUGCUCUUCUGAUGGCAGAAGAAAACAGCUGCAUGCAGUAGCUUUGAGUAUUGGCUUGCUCUGACCUCUAGUGGCCGUGAGUAGGAACAAAGACAAAUUUGAGUGAAAACAACAAACUAAACGCUUCUGACCUUUCACUGUCAUGUUUCUUUAUGUUCAGCCCGUCUUAACUUUAUACUGAACUGUGUUGCAAUGAAACCAAACAGCACAGGAAGCAGAGAAGUCUCACACAGGCCACGCAGGUGCCUGGCACAGCCUGGGAACCUGUAAGCAAGUCAGUGUUUUUGGUUGUGGAUUUAUGUGUACCAAGUGUUGUGGAACCAACAGGAUGGAUAAAACCGCUGCUGUUUUGUUUGUGUGCUUUUUUUUUCUAGACGCCACACAGUCGAAACAAAAAGUGUGAAUAACCUCUCCUCAAUAUCACAACUCCUCAACCACAGAAAAAAUGAAAAAUCCAGCUCUUUGAAAAAUUCAGCAGACUAAAGCACAGAAGACAAGUUUAACAUCUACAUGCAAAUCUACCGUAUAAAACUAAUUCUUUGAUGAACAACAGCAUCAAAAAAGGAAGUGUAACAUCUGGUAGGGGAAGCAGGUGGAUGCUUUCAUUUUUGUCACAUCUCCAAACAUAGCAGUACACAAAUUGAGACAAAAGUUACACUACUGUACAGUAUAGUAGUUAGAUGUAUACAUACAAACUGCAUAAAAAGCAGUGGGUGCCCUCAGAAUCUGCUGUGUCCACUGACCAGAUCACCUGCUUUAGAAAUAUCCAAAAUUUCAGAACUAAGAGAAAGUAAUAUCUGCCUCCCUGUCUGUCUGUCUUCUGUUAGAUUAAUAUCUUAACCUGUAAGCGCUGCCAUUUUGUUUUCUUAACCACAAACUCACCCUCCCUGUGCGCACGAUAAUAUUUUUUACGUUUGGCGGUGUUGCUUGGGGCACUGUGACGCAACAGAAAAACACUCACGUGAGGGCAGAGCUUCCCAUUCCCCUCUUUAUAUACCCAAGACACCGAGAGUCAGUUGAGCUGGAGAACAGCCCACAACAGACACCACCACUUGAUACAGCUACACAUUCAACCAGAAAACCACAUCACUGGCAGGUUAAUGCUGACUUGCGCACAUGCACACACUGACGGGUUUUUCUUCUGCGUGCAAAAAGCGCCAGGAAGGUUGACUGUUGACCCUGUUUGCCACUUUACACCUCGAAUAGGAGAGACUGUUUGUGCAUCAGUCUGCUGUUUACGGAGGAGUGUGAAGCAUGUAGUUGCUGGCGGCCGCUGCGGGGUCCGACCUCUCCACUGCAGGCUGAUCAUUUAGAGAGAAGAACACAAGAGGAAGGGUGUGGUGUCCUGAUGGCAGAAAGACGGCUGAUGCUUCAGUGAUGAGUAGAAUAAUAGUGUUCUUGUCUUCUACUUAUUUCCCAUUGCAAACUUUGGCCAGUCAGGGACAUCUCUGAUUUAUCAUACUUUCUAUCAGUAUUUUCAUGACCAUGAAUUUGGCAUUCAGCAAAUAUCCUGCACGUAUAAAAUGGUCCAAACAUUGUGUUACCUAAAGAAACUAAAAUCUAGACAGAUGAUACAUACAAGAAAUGACAAAAUGAGUCCGUGGCACAUAUGUAACAUUUAUAUUUUACAAGGAUUUAAGUUGAGGAUUUGAAUACUCCUUCCAUCACUAGUGGACACAGGUUGUGAGCAAUUCCACGAAAAAGAUGUUUCAUUUUGAUUUACUCGAGGAACUUAGGAUACUAAGUAUCUAGUAUUACACAAAAAAACAAAAGCAAAUGUAACAGAAAAAUCUGAAAAAUAUACAUAGUUUGUGAAACAGAAGUGUCAGUGACCUCUCAAAUUUUUCUAGAGACCUCUUGAAGGGUCCCAACCAUUAAUAAAGCCCUUAGUUACUGAAAAGAUACACUUAUUUGGAGUUUUUUACUAGAAAGUGGUACGCAAAUAUUACAUGAAAUAUACUCUGGGGCAUGGAUGAUAUUAAGUAAAAGCCCUGCGCUGAAAAUAUUACUCAAGUUAAAGUGUAUAACUAUUAAUGGCAAAAUGUAGUGAAACUAUCAAAAGUAAAAGCACUCAUAAUGCAGAGAAAAACGUCACCUGUGAGAGUUGUAUUACUAUAUAAUAUACUGAUUUUUAUUACUGAUGCAUUAACAUGUAAGGAGCUCUUUAAUUUUGUAGUUGGUUGAGGGGAGCCAAAUAAAUCUAUACCAGUGUGUCAUACUUUAAAGCUAAUCAUAUGUUUUGCAUGUAAAAUAGAGAGUUUUUUUAAAGUAACUAGUAAUUAUAGCGGUCAAAUAACUGUAAUGGAGUAAAAAGCAGAAUAUUUAACACUGAAAUGUUGAGGGGUAUAAGUAAAAGUGGCAUGUAGAAGAAGUAAAAGUACACCAGAUGUGUACUUUUAGUACAGGACGUAAGUAAAUGUACGUAGUUACACUCUAGGCUCAUAAGUCAGAAAGGCGGAGAGUCUCUGUCCUGCAGCAUGAAUUCCUGUUUCGUAUUAUUAGUUUGUUCUUUAGUUCAUUAUAAAGACUAGUUUCGUAUUGAGAAGAUUGUUGUUGAGUUCCUCACUUCAUAAAAACCAUCUGAUGUGGAGAUAUAAAUGUUUAAAAGUCAUUAAUAAAAGGGUUUUACAACAAUCCCUGGAGUCUGCACUGGUGUAAAUACAUAAUACAUUAAAUGGAUUUUGGUCUAGAUGAUCUUUAACACGUUUCCUAAUGAAUUAUAGAGCUGGCUUAAAUGUGAAAGAAGUGACAUAUUGGAGGGGCAUGGGGUUUGUCUCAACCUGGCAACCCAGAAGUUAUUAUGAGUAAUGACUUAUAGCUGGUUUAUUAAGCAUUAGAAAAAGGUUUAAUAAUUUAAUAAUUUUAAAGCCCUUAGUUAAAAUGUAUAAAACAUUUAUUAAAGGAACCUUAUUAGAAAGUGAUACCAAUAAGGGAUCUGGGUACGACAUAUACUAUAAUGUUUUUCCAUUACAUGUCAACUACCCUUUUUCCAUUGCAGUGUUAUGGGAGUGAAAAGGUGAGGGAUUGACAACAGGAAAAGUUGCUUGAAUUAUGCCUCCAGUGCCUGUGUGAGCGAGGGAAUGACUCUGAAUACGUCUGCGUCGUGGGAGGAGUCCCUGGUCAACUCCUCCUCACGCUGUGACCACAAUACGACUGGCUGGGAACAGCGGAUGGAGAAAAUGUACACCUACUUCUACCUGCUGCUCUUCAUACCUGGCCUGCUGCUCAAUACCACUGCUCUCUGGGUCCUCUGCAGACAUAUUAGUAAGAAGACCAAGGCAGUGAUCUUCAUGAUAAACCUGGCAUUAGCUGACCUGGCCCACAUCCUUUCUCUGCCCCUCAGGAUCUAUUAUUAUUUCACACACACCUGGCCUUUCGGACGAGGCGUCUGCUUGUUCUGCUUCUACCUCAAAUACCUCAACAUGUACGCUGCCAUAGUGUUCCUGGUGUGUAUCAGUGUGCAGAGGUGUGUCUUCCUGCUCGACCCGUUCUUUGCUCGUCGGUGGAGGCGGCGCUAUGACCUGCUGAUCAGUGUUAUAGUGUGGGUGGUGGUCGGUCUGGGCUGCUCGCCAUUCAUUAUGAUGCGGAGUAGUGGUAGCGUCACCAGUGCCAGCGUCAGUGCGCAGACGAUGUAUAACAUGUCCUAUUCUCUGGAUGCCAUUUCUACCCAGCAUCCCUUAGGUUACACCAAGCUUUAUGCACCACCUUUGAGUACAAGCCCCAGCAGCUCCAGUCCCAGCGCCACCAAAGUGGGCUGUUUUAAAGACUUGCCCAUGCGGCGUCUGCCUCUCUCUUUGGCGGUUACCAUGAUGGCUCUAGCUGAGCUGUUUGGUUUCUUCAUUCCUUUGGCCUGCAUCAGUUACAGCUCCAUCCGCAUUGUCCAGUCCCUCAACCACUCCUCAUCACGCAGCCGACUCCAGUCGCACACUUCUAGCUGUCAGACGGAUAAAUAUCACGAGAAGCAGACAAACGGUGAGAAGCAGCGUGCCCUGCGGAUGGUGCUGAGCUGCUCGGCCCUCUUCUUGUUCUGCUUUGCCCCUUACCACCUCAACUUCUUGUUCUAUCUGAUGGUGUCGCAGGACAUGGUGACCCACUGUGCUACCCGGCUGGUCGUGCAUCAGUUCCACCCGGUGUCUCUGUGCAUAGCGAGCCUGAGCUGCUGCCUCAACCCUCUGCUCUAUUAUUUUCUAACAGCUGAGUUCAGGUUGCACCUCACCAGGCGCAGCUCUUCCUUCUCCUCCUCGCUACUCUCCUCCCCGAUCAGCUCCCCGACGCAGCAUUCGGCACCUCACAGACUGAUGAGUAUGGAGAGUAACUGCUCAGACAGGGAGUAGCAUUAUUCAAAGGCAAAUGUGUUUUUCCCUCAAGGAAUGAAAGCGCUAAACAUGGCAAACUCAUAGGUCUCCAUGUUGUAUUCUGUUUAACUUGAAAACAGACUGACAAGAUCCACGUUGGACAACAAGAGGAUUUCACGCUAAAGAGCUUAGACCUCAAUCUGAAGAGACUCCCAGAGGACAUUGCCUUAGAACAAAGAUUUUAAAUGAACUUAAACAAUGUAAAUCCAUGUUUCAUAACGAGUGUGCACACAAUGUUUUCAUGAAUAUCUUCAUAGUUGCCUAAUGCAGGAAGUUUUGUUCAUCUUACAUCACACAGCUAUAUCUCCUGCUCUAAAACCCCCGUCUCAGUAAAAAUGCAUCCACUUUAAAUAAGCUAUAUCAUAACCGUCAAAGCUGUAUGUGAAUGCAUGCAAAUGUAUUUUAAAUAAAAGCAAGUCUGUGCUUUCAGUCUUGGUCUUCUCGUGCUGUGAUGUUUGUUUCUAUUGUGUAUCUGAGAUCGGUUCAUGAUGAGGUUUCCUCUGGGUAGUAGCAAAUGAAAACAGGUGCCAGCUCAUUUUUGCUCUACUUCCUUUUGCAAUGCAAAGUGGUGAAGACAGUUGGCAGCAGUUGGCGCAGCU